AUCAUUACAUGACAAUGUGACAUUAUCAGUCCUUUCACAUGGUUCAUGGCUGAAGUGUCUUGUUUAAAGAUUUUUUACACCUUGUUUGAGAACAUUUAUAGAUCAAAUUAUACGGUUUUCUAAAGUAUGGAAGAAUAUGCGAGAGAACCAUGUCCCUGGCGAAUAGUUGACGACUGUGGCGGUGCCUUUACAAUGGGCGUUAUCGGUGGAGCAAUCUUCCAAAGCAUCAAAGGCUUUCGCAACGCACCGAGUGGAUGGAGGCAUCGUUUUACGGGCAGCGUAGUCGCAAUCAGACAACGAGCACCUAUCAUUGCUGGCAAUUUUGCUGUAUGGGGUGGCAUGUUUUCUACAAUCGACUGCACAUUAGUUCGCCUUAGGGGAGGAAAAGAAGAUCCUUACAACUCCAUCAUCAGCGGAGCAGCGACUGGUGGAAUUUUAGCAGCAAGAAACGGCCUUCCGGCGAUGGUAGGCAGCGCGAUCAUUGGUGGAGUGCUGCUGGCCCUGAUAGAAGGAAUAGGAAUCUGCUUCACGCGCCUCUCCGCUGAACAGUUCAAGCCAUCGUCGCUGGUCGAAGACCCGUCACAAUUCGGCCCAUCACCGCAAGGCUAUCCAUCAUAAUUCAACCGAAUGAUCUAGACUCAUUUGAAAUUAGAAUGAAAUGUAUAAGUUGAUGAAGGUUGACGACGCUUCGCCACAGAAUAUAGUCGAGUGUUUUUUUUUGCCAAUGUUAAAUUUAUAUGUAAUACAAAGAUCUUAUUGUUAGGCUAACAGAGUCGGACAUUUUAGGUUGUUUCCUUAUCUAUUGCUGUUUCUUUAAAGUUUCUCUUCUAUUAAGAUACCAAACAAUACUGUUAGAUACCCUGUAAAUAUUUGCAAGAUACGAAUAAUAAAAAUAAAGUAUCAUAUCGUCA